AUAAACAAGAUAAAAAGAGUGGACAUCCAACGGGUAGAAACAUUGUUCUUAUUGCAAUUAUUUAUCAGAUCUGACGGUCUAGAUUCAUUCUCAUGAACGGACUAAAUUCUCCGAGUGGUUCCCACAACAAAAAUAUCUACUAAAGAGGGACUAUGCUCUUCUUCUUCCCAUGAUUCCGUGCCCGUGCCGCAAGACCUAGGGAUUCAUCAACCUGAAAAUGAGUUCUUGCUUCACCGUCUCCCUCUCCCUCCUCUUCUUCUUCUUCAUCAAUUUUCUGAGCACUGAAUCACAACCUACUUAUCUAUGGCAUUACUGCCCCAACACCACCCUCUUCGCUCCCAACUCCACCUACCAAUCCAACCUCAACAACCUGCUCUCUUCCCUCUCCGCCGCCGCCCCCAACAACGCCGACGGCUUCGCCAACGCCACUGCCGGCCAAAACCGUCCCGACCGUGCCUACGGGCUCUUCCUCUGUCGUGGCGACGUCAAUGUCUCCACAUGCAGCGACUGCGUGGCCACCGGAACACAGGACAUCCUGCAAAGAUGCCCCAACCAGCGGGUCUCUGUGAUCUGGUACGACGAGUGCAUGUUGAGGUACUCCAACGCGUCCAUCUACUCGGUCAUGGAACAAGGGCCUGCUUUCAUGAUGUACAACACCGGGAACAUCUCCGAUCCAACCCGGUUCACGCAAGUCCUGGGACAGACCAUGGACGACAUCGCCACGACAACUUCCGACAGCGAAUCGGGGAAGAAAGUCGCGGUCGCAGAGACGAACUUCACGAGCCUGCAGCAGCUGUACACUCUUGCGCAGUGCACGCCGGACUUGACAGCGUCGGACUGCAACACAUGCCUCCGGGCGGCGAUUGCGGGCCUUCCCCAGGGGAAGCAAGGUGGGAGGACGUUCACUCCGAGCUGCAGCGUGAGAUUUGAGGUGUACCCCUUUUAUAAUGCCUCGGCCGUGGCGGCCCCGGCCCCUCCGCCGCCCCAGAUUCCAUCUCCUCCGCCCCCAGCCGCUGCGUCUCCGUCUCCUCCUCCUGCUCCUAGCGCGCCUUUCUGUGGUUCGACCAGCGACGCCGACAGAGACUACAUCAAGACCCUCACCAACGUCCUCUCCUCCAUCUCCACCACCAACUCUUUGUCCUUCUCCUACGGAUUCUUCAGUGACUCCGCCGCCGUCUCCGACACCUCCCAAACCCUCUACGUCGUCGGCUCCUGCCGCAGCGACCUCACCGCCGAGAGCUGCCGCACCUGCCUCAGUGGGUCAGCCAUUGAAAUCAGCCGUUUCUGCCCCCACGAGAAGGAGGCGGUGCUCUACAGCGAGAAGUGCACCGUCCGGUACUCAAACGCCUCGAUCUUUGGCACAGUCGUGAUCGAGCCCAUCUACGCGCUGUACAAAGUGAACAACGUCUCGAUCCAGGUUACGAACAAGCUGGCGACACAGGUGGAAGGUCUGCAGGACGAGGCAGCUGGCGGCGGCUCACUGAGGAAGUUUGCUACGAGGAACGUGUCAGUGGGGCCGGACACGAUCUUUGCGAUGGCGCAGUGCACACCGGACUUGACCAGGCAGCAAUGCAUCGACUGCCUGGAGAUAGUUGUCGGGAGCAUCACGGAUUGCUGUCUUGGGAAGGCGGGAUGGACGAUCAUGGCGCCUAGUUGCCAGUUUCGGUACGAGAUCUAUCAGUUCUUCGACCCGGUCGGCGAGCCACUUGCGCCGCCGCUGCCACCGCCGCCUCCGCCGCCUCCUCCUCCACCGCCAGGAAAAAGCAACAAAUCUACCGUGAUAACCAUCGCCAUUACCGUUCCUGUUGGAGGUGUUAUGGUCCUUCUCUUUUUCACUUGUUGUUUGCUUCGAAGAAAGGGAAAGAAGACAGAUGGAGUCAUCCAAGGAAAAAGCGGUGCGAAUGAACUUACCACCGCGGAGUCCUUGCAAUUUGACUUGGCUACAAUACAAGCCGCGACAAAUGAUUUCUCUCCAGAAAACAAGUUGGGUGAAGGUGGAUUUGGUGAAGUUUUCCAGGGUAGCCUUCCUGAUGGACAGCAAAUAGCGGUGAAGAGGCUAUCUCAAAGCUCAAGACAGGGUGAUGAAGAAUUCAAAAACGAAGUUCUAUUGGUUGCGAAGCUUCAACACAGAAACCUUGUACGACUGCUCGGAUUUUGCUUGGAGGGAGACGAAAAGAUACUCGCCUACGAGUUUGUGCCAAAUAAAAGCCUUGAUUACUUCUUAUUUGAUCCCCAAAAAAGCGGUCAAUUGGAUUGGCCAUUACGUUUUAAAAUAGUAUCUGGAAUCGCUCGAGGAUUGCUCUACCUACAUGAAGAUUCUCGUCUCCGGAUCAUCCAUCGAGACCUAAAAUGUAGCAAUAUCUUGUUAGACAGUGAAAUGAACCCGAAGAUUUCAGAUUUUGGCACGGCAAGGAUUUUUGGAGUCGAUCAAACUCAGGCUAGCACAAAUAAAAUCGUGGGGACUUUUGGUUACAUGUCUCCUGAAUAUGCAAUGCAUGGAGAGUUCUCGGUGAAAUCUGAUGUUUAUAGUUUCGGUGUACUACUUAUAGAGAUCAUUUGCGGCAAGAAGAAUAACAUCUACCACCAAUUGGAUAGGGGUGAAUAUCUUGCUAGUUAUGUGUGGAAUCAAUGGAGAGAUGGCACGCCCUUGAACGUGUUGGACCUGGCUAUCGCAGAUUCAUAUUCAAGAGAUGAAGUACUUCGAUGCUUGCACAUUGGCUUACUGUGCAUUCAGGAAGAUCCGGCUAUUAGACCCGCCAUGGCAACCGUAGUUCUCAUGCUCAGCAGCAAUUACUUUGACCCGCCACAGCCUCGACAUCCGGCCUUCUUUGUCCAAAGUAGAUCACAGGGACCGAGCAUCCCAAUGCAAGAGCUUGAAUCGGAUCAAUCUACCAGUAGGACUAUGCCUUCGUCAACUAGUGAUAUGACGGUUACUGAAUUGUACCCCCGGUGAAUGGCGGCGUAAGUAAAAUCUUACUAUAUGGAUGGUCUCAUGGUGAGAUUGCUUGGCCUUCCACCAUGAUUUUUUAUGAACCAUUGCAAAAAUCUAUGUAUUUGGAGAAUAAGCAGUUAAUUGCUCAAAGGGAGUUGUGUGCAUUUAAAAUAAGACUCUACUCAUGUUAUCCAUCUUAAUUAUUAUAAUUCUUCUAAGAUUUUUUUUAC